AUGUUAAUAUCAUUCCACGAUAAACAUGGAACCAAGGAUUUCUCCACUUUUACUACCAAGAUACUAGGUAAAAAGAUUUUCGCCAAGAGCUGCGUCGAUCAGCACGCCGUUGAGCGUGCAGGCUAUAGGCUACAUCGGUUACAGUACCAGGGGUCAUUCACUAGCGAAACUCUGGCCCUCCAAGUUAUUUCCUUGGCAUCGGCCGCCCGACCAGAAACUCUUAGCCAUGUCCAGGGCUGCGACUCAACAUGCCUGCCAGGAUCAGCCAAGCAAGUUGAAUCUGUCAGAGCUGGACCUACCAACCAUACGUGA